UUAUCUAUUGCAAAUUCUUGAUCGUGUUACUCCAGCUUAAGGAAGGUUUUCUUUUCACUGCAGUUUUUUUUGUUUUUCCAUUUUAAAUUUAAUUACACUAUGCAGCUAGAUAACAAGGACAAGCAAUCUGGCAAUGAACCAAAAUCGUCUAAGGAUGUUCCAGUUCGGAUAAUCUUGGUGUUUCUUUUAAUAACUACUGUUACUGCUGUGUUAUUAGAAUUUGGGAUUCCGGAUAACAGAUUAUGGAAAACUGAAAAAAUCGUUGAAGUACAGCCCUCGGAAGCAUCUGAAAUUAAUUAUUACAAGUUUGCAAUAUAUCCUCCUUUCAAGCCCUCAGAGAAACAUCUUCAUCAUGUAAUAGAAAUAUUAGGACAAAUGGGAUAUAAACAAACCUCUAUGAAUAAUGAAAAUUGGAAUUUACUCUGGGCACAUGAAUACCCUUUUCUCAAAAUGGGAACAAGGAUAAGAAAUAUUUUAUCACGUCAAAUUGUUAAUCAUUUUCCUGGUAUAGGAUUCAUUACAAGCAAGGUUGAUCUAUCCACUGCUGCAUUUCCAUUCAUGCCUAAAGCUUUUCGUUUGCCAGAACAGCAAGCAGAAUUUUUAAAAUUUGCAAUGGAUAAUCCCGAUUCCAUAUUUGUGGAGAAAAACAAUAAACACAGAUCCAUUAAAAUUCGACCUUUGAAUUCUAUAAACUUGAACGCGUCUGACUGUUUCAUACAAGAAUAUGUUCAAAAACCUUUUUUGGUAGAUGGACACAAAUUCGAUGUAGGAGUUUAUAUAGUACUAACCUCGAUUGAACCAUUAAUAGUAUAUAUGUAUGAAGGAGACAUUUUGUUCCGUUACUGUCCGGAAAAAUAUUAUCCAUUCGAUGCGGAAAAUAUUAAUAAAUACGUCAUUGGAAAUGACUAUUUACCAACGUGGGAAGUUCCUUCUUUGAUCAAAUAUUUUGAAAGAUUUGGAGGAAGUAUGCGCUCUUCUUUCGAUGCAUACGUACGAGAUCAAUUUUUAGACCCAUCUGUAAUUUGGGAGCAAGUUGAAGAAAUUGUACGUCAGACCAUAUUAUCAAAAAAAAACAACAUUUUAAAAGCAAUGCAACCCUUUAAAACUGGAAAGUAUUUCGAACUCCUACGAUUUGAUUUAAUUGUUGAUGAUAAUUUACAAGUUUACCUCAUGGAGGUUAACAUGUCUCCUAAUCUUUCAUCGGCACAUUUCAAACCUAAUGCAUUGUUAUACCAACAAGUUUUAUACAAUGUUUUAAAUUUAGUUGGUGUUGGAUCACCUCUACGAAUUGAUAAAAGGAUUUUUGAUGAUGAAAAAAUAACAUCGGAUAAAAGUAUUGCGGUAAAUCUGAAUGAUUGUGCUAAAUAUGCCUGUCAUAAGUCCUGUAAUAAAUCUGAAUGUGAUCUCUGUUUAUCCUGCUUGAAAGCUUCGGAAGUUAAUAUAUUAAAAAAGGCACAUUAUGAACAUUUACAUAAAAUGGAAAUGAAGAGAAUAUUUCCAAAAGCAAUGGUAAGUUAAAGAUGAAUAUGAACCGGUUCAAAUGCAGAAUGCUAUGAUUGGCCGGUACGCAAUAGUAUACAUACUUGCAUACAUAUGUAAAUGUGUACGUAAAUUAUGGGCACGAUUCCGAUUACUUUGGCGAUCGGGUAAAAAAGCGAAUUUCGGUAUAAAUGCGGUAUGUACGGAUAUGUGAUCUUCGCCAGAGGAGGAAUAUGAAAAUAAUAAUGUUGCUAACAAGUAUAUUUCUUUUUAAAUUUCCUGAUUAAAAAAUCAAAAAAUUUUAUUAUUAAGAGGGUAUUCUGGUCUAGAAGGGCACGAUUCCGAUUACUUUGGCGGAGGGGUAAAAAAAACCGAAUUUCCGUAUAAAUGGGUUAUGUACGGAUAGGGAAGCUUCUCCAGAGGAGGAAUAUCCAAAAAUAAUGUAAAAAUUACUAAUAUUUUUUAAAAUAUUCACGAUUAAAAGUUCAAAAAUUUGCACUAAGAAAACAUGCUAUUUCUCUAUGUUUCACAAAAUUUUUUCACAUUUUUUACUUUGUGUAUUUAAAUACACACUCCAAGCUUUAAAAUAAGUUUACAUUUCACUGGUAUUUUGCUAUAUUUUACCUAAAUUUAUUAAUUUAAAAAUCACUUAGCACACUCAUCGUUAAAAAGGUUAGAUUGUUUACAAUUAUGAGGAAAACGAGCCUUACCACAUCUGAAAAAGUAAAUAUGUAGGAUUUUUAACAAUUUUUCUUUGUUUGUUUUAUCGCGUGAUUCUUUUUUCUAUAUUAACUAUACAAAAAUACUUUCUACAUAUGUAUAUGUGUAAUACGUAAUUUAUGUGACUGAAGUACUUUCGCGAAGUACUCCUUUCUGCGUUGGAGGCCGAGCGAAUACCCGGGGUGACUGAAGUACUUUCGCGUAGUACUCCUUUCUGCGUU